AUUUCGUUCCCGAGACGACAAGACUGCGUGCUGACAUUGGACAACCAUGAGCGGGCCUGGGAACAUUUUCGAGGUGGAAGGGGACAUGGUCAUUUUUCGGUGCCCCAUCGUCCGCUCUGGCACUGCGGCGCUCAACCGCGCCCUCUUCAGCAAAACCAUCCCCAUCGCUGCCGCCGCCCUGCAUGACAACAAAUCCAUCUCUAAGUACCGAAAAUUGCUUGAAGCCAGCAGGGAGAUUCUACAUGCCGAAAGGAUAUCUCCUAUUGCCCCUCAUCCGGACCAGGCCCUCGCCAAUAAGGGCCGCAAGUGUCUGCUUCUUAACCCAAAUGUCAAAGCCGAAGCCUCUGAUACUUGGGGACCAGUUGUCAAAGAUGGGGUCCAGAAGGAGGAGUUGACUGUCAUCCCUUAUGAGCUGCGGCUCAACUACGACUACUGGACAUUUCGAGAUGUUAUGGCGUCCAUCUUGCCCGAAGAAUUGCAUGACGAGAUCCCCUCCGGCUUCAACAUUGCCGGCCACGUGGCACAUCUCAACUUGCGGGAAAAUUAUCUCCCCUACAAAUACUUGGUUGCGGAGAUCAUCCUCGACAAGAACCCUCAAAUCAAAACCGUCAUUAACAAGAUCGACAAUGUCGGGUCCGAUUCCGAGUUCAGGACGUUCCAGUACGAAGUCCUGGCAGGGCCGGACGACCUGAACGUGCAGGUCAGCGAGAACGACUGCAUCUUUGACUUUGACUACUCCAAGGUCUAUUGGAACAGCAAACUCGAGUCGGAACACCGCCGGCUCAUCAACAUGUUUCAGCCGGGCGAGGUCGUGUGCGACGUAAUGGCCGGCAUUGGGCCCUUUGCCGUGCCGGCAGGCAAGAAGCGCGUCUUUGUCUGGGCCAACGACAAGAAUCCCGAGAGCUUCAAGUGUCUCGAGGCCGCCAUCAAGAAGAAUAAAGUCUCGCCUUUUGUCCGCCCCUUCUGCGAGGACGGCCGAACCUUCAUCCACAAAGCUGCCGAUUCGGUCCUCGAGGCCUCCCGGAACGGCGAAUGCGCCGUUCUGGCCCCGAAGAAACCUAGGACUCCCAACCCGCAGAAUACAGCCCCGCCGAAAGAGGAGCGCAUUCCCAUCCCGCCGACCAUAUCCCACUUCGUCAUGAACCUGCCCGCGUCCGCCAUCGAGUUCCUCCCGAACUACCGCGGCCUGUACGCCGGCCGCGAGGCCCUCUUCGCCCCGCACACGGCGACCAAGCUGCCCCUGGUGCACGUGCACUGCUUCUCGGUCAAGGCGGAUGACGAGACGCCCGUGCGGGACAUCUGUGAGCGCAUCACCAAGGAGCUGGGCUUCAGGUUCCGGCCCGCCGCCGACGGGGAAGGGGAAAGCGCGGCGGAUGCGGAAGGGGUGAUCAAGAUACACCGUGUAAGGGAUGUCGCGCCUGCCAAGAGUAUGUACUGUGCAACCUUCAGGCUGCCGGCAGCGGUCGCUUUUGCGGCAAGGGAAUAAAGCACAAACGUGGCACGCGAGGGGCCAUUCCGGAGGAGGGAGGUUGGGAGAGGGACGGCGGUAUACAGACUCCAUCUGCGUGCUGGCAUCUUCGUUUUCCUCUUCUGCUCCAAAUCGCCACGUCAGGGUGCGAGACUACAACGAUCGCGUGCUUUGUCCUAGCGAGCAGACAACCAGUCAUACCGAUGACUCCUCCCUCCCCUCCCCUUUCUCCCUCGCCCUUCUUGAGGCAUCUCGGCUACUCUGAGGAC